ACAAACCCUCCCCCCAAUUUCCUGCGUCUCCCUCCUCUUCCCCUCUCACAUAUCUCUAACAAAAAAACCCUAGCCGUAAAGAGCUCCACCACUGACCUCCAUCAUCGUCGACCUCAAUCACCAUGCAGACCUCCACAUCGUUGUCGCAACCGCCUUCCUCCUCACGCCGAUGUUGUCCCCGCCUUACCCGCUGCCCUCGUCGCCCCAGCCGCACUUGUCGGCGUCUUUACACCACUGUCGCCGCCUCUGCCUCCCCUGCCGCAGCGCCGCUGUCCUCCCCCCGUGCCCCGCCCCGCCGCGCCGCUGUCCUCUCCUGCCCCGCCGCCGCGAGGUCAAGACUCUUCCCUGCCUCCCUCUUUCCUCAUCCCUAUUUUUUUUCCAGAUCUGAUAGUCUCUACUGGUACCAAUACCACUGGUAGCACUAUUAGUACCAAUACCACUGGUAGCGCUAUUGGUACGCUACCACUACUCACUGGUACCAAUACCAGUGACUCCCCUAUCAUCUGGUACCACUAUCAUUUGUUUUUUUUUUUUUUUUGGUAUUCUCUACUGGUACCGCUACCAAUGCUAGUGGUAGCGCUACCAGUGCUAGUAGCGUUGUGUUAUUCUCUACUGGUAGCGUUGUACUGGUAGCGUACCACUAGUACUGGUACAUUUUUUACUGAUACCGCUAGUACUGAUACAUUUUUUAACGUACUGGUAGCGUACCACUAGCACUGGUAUAUUAAUUACCAGUAGACUAAUAGAUUGGUACACUUUUUAACGCAUUGGUACAUUUUUUCAGGUUGCCGGAGGGAGUCUGCCGGAGAGAAUUCGCCGGAGAAAAAGUUUGUCGGUCGAUGCGGAGUGGCUGCUGGAGAAAGGAAGAGAGAGAGAUAGAUAGAGAUAUUAAUGUAUAGGAUUUAAAUUUCAGAAAAAAAUUGUAUUUAAUAUGGGUAUUUAAUUCCCAAUAUAAUUAAUACAAAAAAGGUAAUUAAUAUAUUCAUUUUUUUCAUACCCAAAAUACCCUUGGUUGUGAAUCUGACUUGUCACCGUAUCCUGUCCCUAGACCCACUUUGGCAGUCUAGCAAUACCCUUCUUGCAUUAAUUCCACUUUAUAACUGUACUCCAUUAAUAAUAAUAACAGUCUGGUAUACAAUUCCCUUUCAUUUACUCCUUUGGAUCUUCAUGUUCUGUACUCCUUUCUUUUCCCAUUGUAAUGACCAUUUCGAUAGACAGCUCAUUCACAUUCGCAUCCAAGUAUCGAAUGGAACGAAAACAAGUAGCGGCGCAAGUAGUAAGACCGAUGGAAUAUUGUAUAGAUCAUACGGGUAUGUUGGAAAUGAAGUUCUUGACGUAGUAACAUACAUAAUCAAUUGAACCAAACCAUGUUUUUGUCGAGUAUUCACAAGACCAUCGAGAUAAUUUCAAAUGUAACAAAACCUAAGCUUCCUAGUUUACUAAAAGUUUGAUAACGGAGACUUGGGUAGAAAAUUUUGGAAAUUUAGGAGGACCAAAUUGAAGAAAUCUUUGGCUCUCAGGUUUGAAAGAACCAAACAAGCUUUUCAAAUUCAAAUUUUGUUUUUUUUCCUCUAUACCCACUUUCCAAAAACAGAAGACCCCCCUCUGCCUCCAAUAUGUAUCGAAGGUGAUGCUUCUAGUCUUUAAAGAUGCUGGUCCAUGGCAUGCCAAUACGUUUCUUGGGCAGUGAAAAAGAAACUUACUUUCAAAGAAAACUCUUUUUUCUUUUCCACUCUGUAGAUAUUCUCUCUCUGUGUAACCAAACAGUGGCCUUCUCACUUCUCAGAAAAAGUGGCGGUACUGUCUUAUUCCCACCACAGUCGACAAAACCUCUGCCACUCCAAGACUUCCCUCACAAACAAAACGGCAGAAGUGUGACUCACGCGCCGCUGUGAGCCACCGUCCACCGCGCUCAAGUUUUUAAAAGUUCUCCCCCGUUUGAGGAAAAAAUGCAGACAAGGUUCAGAAACAGAGCUUCUGCCUUCUGCCUCACUGCUCUGUUUUAACAACAAUACAGUGAAAAUGAAAGGAAACCCCUUUCAGAUCAUAUUUUGAUUCCUCGGGAAAGAAGAAGAGACCAUUCGAUUCCCUUAACAAAGGACAAAAAGAUGG